GAAAGUUUGCAGGUCUGAACAGAAGGCAAAAGUACUCCCAAGAGACCGGCUUUGGGGAGGGGAGGGGGGAGGGCAGAACAGCUUUUUCUUCUUCCUUUCCUUCUUGUUCUUCUGUUUUGAAAUCUCUUCACUGUUAAAAAAAAGCCUUUCUCCUCACCCAAGUGGACCGGCACCGUUGGGACACCCUCGCUGUCCUGCUCCCCGUAACCCCUCCACAUUAUGUCAGUGGGUGCGAGGCGGCCAGAGAUUUCGUGCGGGUGCUGAAGGAGCUGCGGGAGCCGGUGAAGGAUGACGCUGCGCCGAGUCCGCCUGGCCGCAGGCUUGUUCUUCCUGGCCCUGGGGCUUUGGGGGCAGCCCGCGGAGGCUGCGGCUUGCCAUGGGUGUUCUCCUGGAUUAAAGUGUGACUGCAGUGGUAUAAAAGGGGAAAAGGGAGAGCGAGGAUUUCCAGGUUUGGAAGGACAUCCUGGUUUGCCUGGGUUUCCAGGUCCAGAAGGACCUCCAGGACCUCGGGGACAAAAGGGUGAUGAUGGAAUUCCAGGGCCACCAGGACCAAAAGGAAUCAGAGGUCCUCCUGGACUUCCUGGGUUUCCGGGAACACCAGGUCUUCCUGGAAUGCCAGGACAUGAUGGGGCUCCAGGACCACAAGGUGUCCCUGGAUGCAAUGGAACCAAGGGAGAACGUGGAUUUCCAGGCAGUCCCGGUUUUCCUGGUUUACAGGGACCUCCAGGUCCUCCUGGGAUUCCAGGUAUGAAGGGAGAACCAGGUAGUAUAAUCAUGUCAUCACUGCCAGGACCAAAGGGUAAUCCGGGAUACCCAGGUCCUCCUGGAAUACAGGGUCCAGCUGGUCCCAAGGGCAUACCAGGGCCAAUUGGUCCCCCAGGACCACCAGGUUUGAUGGGCCCUCCUGGCCCACCAGGGUUGCCAGGACCAAAGGGGAAUAUGGGCUUAAAUUUCCAGGGACCCAAGGGCGAAAAGGGUGAACAAGGCCUUCAGGGUCCACCUGGGCCACCAGGACAGAUCAGUGAACAGAAAAGACCAAUUGAUGUAGAGUUUCAAAAGGGAGAUCCGGGAGCUCCUGGUGACCGAGGACCUCCUGGACCACCAGGGAUGUGUGGUCCUCCAGGUCUUCCGGGUGAUAUGAAAGGUGAAAAGGGUGAGCCAGGAGAGCCAGGAAAAAGGGGUAAACCAGGCAAAGAUGGAGAGACUGGCCUACCAGGAAUGCCAGGAUUGCCUGGUGAUCCUGGAUACCCUGGUGAACCAGGAAGAAAUGGUGAAAAGGGCCAAAAGGGUGACACUGGCCCACCUGGGCCUCCUGGACUUGUAAUCCCUGCACCUGGGACUGGUGUAACUGUGGGAGAAAAAGGGAGCAUUGGAUUACCAGGCUUACCUGGAGAAAAAGGAGAUAGAGGAUUUCCUGGAAUACAGGGCCCACCGGGCCUUCCAGGACCUCCAGGGACACCAGUUAUGGGUCCUCCUGGCCCCCCUGGAUUUCCUGGAGAAAGAGGACAGAAAGGAGAUGAAGGUCGUCCUGGAAUUUGCAUUCCUGGAUCUCCUGGACUUGAUGGGCCUCCUGGGGCUCCUGGCCUUCCCGGGCCACCUGGACCUCCUGGUCCUCAUAUACCUUCUAGUGAAGAGAUUUGUAAAGAAGGCCCUCCAGGCCCACCAGGAUCUCCAGGUGAUAAAGGACUCCAAGGAGAACAAGGAAUGAAAGGUGACAAAGGUGACACCUGUUUCAACUGUAUUGGAACUGGUAUUUCAGGGCCACCAGGCCAACCUGGUUUGCCAGGUCUCCCAGGUCCCCCAGGGUCUCUUGGUUUACCUGGACAAAAGGGUGAAAAAGGAAACCCAGGUGCUACUGGUCCCAAAGGAUUACCGGGAAUACCAGGAGCUCCAGGUGCUCCAGGCUUUCCUGGAUCUAAAGGCGAUCCUGGCGACGUCUUCACUUUUCCAGGAAUGAAGGGUGAUAAAGGAGAGUUUGGCUCCCCUGGAGCUCCAGGACUCCCUGGUUUACCUGGUACUCCUGGACAGGAUGGAUUGCCAGGUCUCCCUGGCCCCAAAGGAGAGCCUGGUGGAAUUGCUUUUAAGGGUGAAAGAGGUCCCCCUGGGAACCCAGGUUUGCCCGGUCUCCCAGGGAGUAUGGGACCUAUGGGACCUGUUGGGUUUGGCCCUCCAGGCCCAGUAGGUGAAAAAGGCAUACAAGGUGUGGCAGGAAAUCCAGGCCAGCCAGGAUUACCAGGUCCUAAAGGUGAUCCAGGCCAGACUAUAACUCAGCCAGGGAAGCCUGGUAUGCCUGGUACUCCUGGCAGAGAUGGUGAAGUGGGUCUUCCAGGUGACCCAGGACUCCCAGGGCAACCAGGCUUACCAGGAAUACCUGGUAGCAAAGGAGAACCCGGUACCCCUGGGAUUGGGCUUCCUGGGCCACCAGGUCCCAAAGGCUUUCCAGGAAUUCCAGGACCACCAGGAGCACCUGGGACACCUGGGAGAAUUGGUCUACAAGGCCCUCCUGGGCCACCAGGCUUUCCAGGACCAAAGGGGGAGCCAGGAUUUGGGUUACCUGGGCCACCUGGGCCACCAGGAUUCCCAGGUUUCAAAGGAACACUUGGUCCAAAAGGUGAUCGUGGUUUCCCAGGACCUCCAGGUCCUCCAGGACGCACUGGUUUGGAUGGGCUACCAGGACCAAAAGGUGAUAUUGGACCAGUUGGGCAACCUGGGCCAAUAGGACCUCCUGGGUCACCAGGAAUUGGUGUCCAGGGACCCCCAGGCCCACCAGGGACUCCUGGGCCGAUAGGCCAACCUGGUGUGCAUGGAUUACCAGGAGAGAAAGGGGAUCCAGGACCUCCUGGAUUUGAUGUUCCAGGACCCCCUGGUGAAAGGGGAAGUCCAGGGAUCCCUGGAGCACCUGGUCCUGUAGGACCCCCAGGAUCACCAGGCAUUCCAGGAAAAGCAGGUGCCCCAGGAUUUCCAGGUGCCAAAGGUGAAAUGGGUAUGAUGGGACCCCCAGGUCCACCAGGACCUUUGGGAAUUCCUGGCAGAAGUGGUGUUCCUGGUCUUAAAGGUGAUGUCGGUUUGCAGGGUCAGCCAGGACUUCCAGGUCCUGCAGGAGAAAAAGGUGGUAAAGGAGAGCCUGGCUUGCCUGGACCUCCUGGAACAAUAGAUCCAAAUCUCUUGGGUUCAAAAGGAGAGAAAGGGGAACCUGGCUUGCCAGGUAUUCCUGGAGUUUCAGGGCCAAAAGGCUACCAAGGUUUGCCUGGAGACCCAGGACAACCUGGACUGAGUGGACAACCUGGAUUACCAGGAACACCAGGUCCCAAGGGUAACCCUGGUCUCCCUGGCCCGCCUGGACUUGUAGGACCUCCAGGAGUUAAAGGAAAUUUAGGUGAUAUGGGUUUUCCAGGCCCUCAAGGUAUGGAUGGGCCCCCUGGACCCCCAGGAGUUCCUGGUCAACCUGGCUCGCCAGGGGUACCUGGACAGAAAGGAGAUAAAGGUGAUCCUGGUGUUUCAGGAAUUGGUCUUCCAGGUCUCCCUGGCCCAAAGGGUGAACCUGGUCUACCUGGAUACCCAGGGAACCCAGGUCUCAAAGGUUCUGUGGGAGAUGCUGGUUUGCCUGGAUUACCAGGAAACCCUGGACCAAAAGGACAACCAGGCCUUCCUGGAUUCCCAGGAACCCCAGGCCUUCCUGGACCAAAAGGUAUUAGUGGUCCACCUGGAAAUCCUGGCCUUCCAGGAGAACCAGGUCCUGUAGGUGGUGGAGGUCAACCUGGGCCACCAGGACCUCCAGGUGAGAAAGGCAAACCAGGUCAAGAUGGUAUUCCAGGACCAGCAGGACAAAAGGGAGAACCAGGCCAACCAGGCUUCGGAAUCCCAGGACCCCCUGGACUCCCAGGACUUUCUGGUCAAAAGGGUGACGGAGGUUCACCGGGCAUGCCAGGAAAUCCUGGCCUACCUGGUCCAAAGGGUGAGCCAGGAUUUCAGGGUUUCCCUGGUGUUCAGGGUCCUCCAGGUCCUCCUGGUUCUCCUGCUCCAGCUUUGGAAGGCCCUAAAGGCAACCCUGGACCCCAAGGCCCUCCUGGGAGACCAGGUCCUACAGGUUUUCAAGGUCUACCAGGUCCAGAAGGUCCUAGAGGUCUCCCUGGAAAUGGAGGUAUUAAAGGAGAAAGGGGAAACCCAGGUCCACCUGGGCAACCUGGCCUACCUGGUUUGAAAGGAGAUCAAGGACCACCAGGAAUCCCGGGUAAUCCUGGCCGGCCAGGUCUCAAUGGAAUGAAAGGAGAUCCUGGUCUCCCUGGUGUUCCAGGAUUUCCAGGAAUGAAAGGACCCAUUGGAGUACCAGGGUCAACUGGCCCAGAUGGGGAACCAGGACUUACUGGACCCCCAGGUCCUCCUGGGUUACCUGGUCCUUCAGGGCAGAGCAUUAUAAUCAAAGGAGAUGCUGGUCCUCCAGGAGUCCCUGGCCAGCCUGGUUUAAAAGGUCUACCGGGACUACCAGGACCUCAGGGCUUACCAGGUCCAAUUGGCCCUCCAGGAGAUCCUGGUCACAAUGGACUCCCUGGCUUUGAUGGUGCAGGAGGGCGCAAGGGAGAUCCAGGUCUGCCAGGCCAACCAGGUACCCGUGGAUUGGAUGGUCCCCCAGGACCAGAUGGAUUACAAGGACCUCCAGGUCCCCCUGGGUCUGCCUCUAUUGCCCAUGGAUUCCUCAUCACACGCCACAGCCAGACAACAGAUGCACCACAAUGCCCAUAUGGAACAGUCCAGAUCUAUGAAGGAUUCUCUCUUCUUUAUGUACAGGGAAAUAAAAGAGCCCAUGGUCAAGACUUGGGGACAGCUGGGAGCUGCCUUCGUCGCUUCAGUACCAUGCCUUUCAUGUUCUGCAACAUUAAUAAUGUUUGCAACUUUGCUUCAAGAAAUGACUAUUCUUACUGGCUCUCCACCCCAGAGCCUAUGCCAAUGAGCAUGGAACCCCUGAAGGGUCAGAGUAUCCAGCCCUUCAUUAGUCGAUGUGCAGUAUGCGAAGCUCCAGCCGUGGUGAUCGCUGUUCACAGUCAAACCAUCCAGAUCCCACAUUGCCCUCAGGGGUGGGACUCUCUAUGGAUUGGUUAUUCCUUCAUGAUGCAUACAAGUGCAGGAGCAGAAGGCUCAGGCCAAGCUCUUGCCUCCCCUGGUUCCUGUUUGGAAGAAUUUCGUUCUGCUCCAUUUAUUGAAUGCCAUGGGCGUGGAACCUGUAACUACUAUGCCAAUUCCUAUAGCUUUUGGCUGGCCACAGUUGAUGUGUCAGACAUGUUCAGUAAACCUCAGUCAGAAACACUGAAAGCAGGAGACUUGAGGACACGUAUUAGCAGAUGUCAAGUGUGCAUGAAGAGGACAUAACAUUUUGAAGAAUUCCUUGUGUUUUAAAAUGUGAUAUAUAAAAAAUUCCCAGGAUUCAAUGUUUCACUCUACUCAACUAUACCACUGCUACCACCAAUGGUGCUACUAUACUAUUUGACCAAGACAGUGUGCUCACUAGUAACCAUGAAGAUUCAGAUGUACCUCAGCUAUGUGCCAGAGCAAGACCUCCAUUAUUUUCCCAUGAAAGAAAUAAGGAAAUGAAUUUACUUUUGGGAUCCAAAAGUACUUUCUCCAGGAACUAUAAGAUGAUGAUAUAUUAUGCCCAGUUGCUAAACAGCACAUUAAAAGUUUAAUUAAGAGAAGAAUCACACUGAAUAAACAAAAGACUGCAGUUUGGGGAAGAAUUGUUUUUCAUGGUGCUACUAAUCCUACUGUAUCCCUGGUUUUUAAUAUAGAAGUGUUAAGCGUAUUUUGCUUUGUAAGUACAAAAUGUGUAUAUUGUGUAAACAAUCUUUUAACUCAAAAUGUUGAGUCACUUAGAUGUGAUCUGGUAUGAAUCAGUCUUCACAGAAAAUGUUGGAAAGCUUAGAAUUCAAACAGAACAAUGUUAUAUGUGAGAGAAUUUAUACUCUUAAAUCAAGUUACUACUGAAAGCAAAUUAAUUUUGAGUUUUAGCCCCUAAAUUCUUACUUGGUGUUUUAAAAUAUCACUUCAGUUACUUUAAUCAGAAUGGUCCAUGUUCAUAUCAAAUUAUCAUAUCAAACAGUGCAAUUUCUUUUUUGCUAUAUUUUCUUAGACACUAUAAGGAUCAGAUAUCCCCUAUUUUCAUGGUUUUUACUUGUUGUGUUUGUUCAUUCACCACAAUUUUGAGAAACAAAAUUUACAAAAAAGAAAAACUAACAAUUCUUUUCCUGGUGCUUCUUAUGUAAAAAUGAUUUUCCUGUGGUCUUGCUUGUGUAAGAAGACAAUACUUGGUUAGUCUUCUCUGUUUAAUUACCAAAAGGCAAUAGACAUUUUUUACUCUUUUUUAUUUCAACCAUUUUAUGAUAAAUAUUCAUAGGGUACCUUAUUUCUCUAGCUGUCUUCUCUUCACUGAAUGUUUCUUAACACACUAGUA